AGUACGUUGUGCUGGUGUUUUGUUCAGGUCUUGUACGUCUCGUUCCACAGGACUGUGUCCUAAAUUUCUAAAGCGAGGUUCUAUGUAUCACGCUUGCCCAGCGAAGCUGGAAAAUUUUCUUCGAGUAAGAAUGUCGUUCCCGAUGCCGUGAAAACGGCUUUACCGCGUUUCGAACGGCGUGUGAGAGAAAACAAAAAGAGAAAGAGAAAAAGAAAGAGAGAGAAAGAGAGAGAGAGAGGAAGAGGAAUUCGUUUCGUCCGCGUCCAAGAUCACGUGAGAUCACGGAGUCUCGUGUAAGCGGCGGCAAACGUGCGAUUUGUGUUGUGCUGUGUAUUUUAUAGUAUCCUUACUCAAAAGUGUUUAUUCGUUACGACCACCUGUUGCGCGCCUAAAGCACGCUUCUUUGUGUUACGUUGGAUUAACCGGAUUACGUGCAUCGCCGGGAUGUUCUUUUCGCCGAGAUAAAUCACUGGGGACGUAAAGAAGAGGUGCACCUGUAUGAAGCCGAAGGCGGGGGAUUCGGAGAACGGGAGAAUCUAGUGAGGACGCUGGGCGUAGCGGCGACGAAAUGAAGCAUGCAGCAUGCGUGGUAGCGGUGUCACGGCUGCGCGGUCCUGCCUUCAACCCCUGGUGUCCGCCAGCCGCUACCUCGCCGUUCAAGCCCUUCCUGGUGAUCCUCUUUACUUCGUCGUUGAGGCGAAGUCGAGAGUGAAAGAAGUGUACGCGCAGACAUGCAUGCUUCUUGGCCAGCAGGGCAUGCGAGAUUGCGAACUAUUCGGUCUGGCAAUACUAUCCGAUGGCGAGUACCUUUUCGUCGAUCCCGAGAAUAAAUUAAGCAAAUACGCUCCGAAGAACUGGCGAAGUUCUCAUACAUACGGAUUGGACAGCAGCGGACGGCCAGCUUUCGUCCUUUACUUUCGAAUUCGUUAUUACGUCGACACACCGUUGCUCUUAAGCGAUGAGACAACGCGCCACCACUAUUACCUGCAACUGCGAGACAAUGUCGUCAGGCAUGGCGGUGGGGUGGAGAGCCUCCAUCCUCACCACCCCCUACACGAGCCAUCUAUCGUUACGCCAUUGCUCACGCUCGCGGGUCUUGCCCUACAAGCCGAUCUUGGGGACUACUCCGAAGAACGACACCGGCCACACGCAGGAUAUGUGGGAUACUGCAAGCCCACCAAUUACCUUCCGCCUCACAUGUGCCUCGAGUCAAAUGUGCUCGCCGUGCUCGCGGCUCAGCACAGAGACAACAGGGGCCUAUCGAGGGAGGAGGCAGAGUUGCAAUACAUCCGGGAGGCGGUGCUGCUGGAGGCGCCGCUCAACGCUCACCUCUAUCGACUCAGACGAAGCAAGAACGAACCAGGCCCGGGACGCAUACUCCUCGCGAUAUGUGCUCGCGGGGUGCGAGUCUACGCCGAGGAGGAGACACCGCGGGUCUUCGCCUGGAACAACAUCGGGAAACUCUGCUUCGACCGCAAGAAGUUCGAGAUUCGCGCUGUCGAUCAGCCGGACAAGCUCACUCUCUAUAGCGGAUGCGACGACAAAAGCAAGCUGCUUCUGGGACUCUGUCGAGACACCCACCAGUUCUCCAUGGCCAUAGCACCUCGAGUGAACGAAGCGAAGAGGCGCGAGGAGGAAGAAAGAAAGGUUCUUCGCGACUGCUACAUGUAUCCCGCUCGAUGCAAGCUGAGCUUAACGGCACGCGGGGCGCGCGGGGAUCAACGGAUUUCCGUGAUCUCGAGCACGUCGUCUAACACAACUUCUGGAAUUGUCAGCGAUCGGGUUCACAGCGAGGACGAGCCGGACACGGCGCCUGCUUCGACCGAAUGUCUGCCACGUCUUACUGAAAAUACGUCGCACACGGGCGUCCAGGUUGUCGUCAACGGCACCAACGCGGACGAGGAUCGUUCGAUGCCGUCGUCGCCGGCCUCCACCGUGGACGAAGUCGACGGAGCUGAUAACACACCUACGACGGCUGCGCUGAGGUUGGCGUCGAAUGCAGCGACGGCGGCCGAAGGGUCACAAUGUAGCAGCAGCUGCAGCACCGUCGUGGUCGUGAAUGCACCUGCUGGUGGACCGCCGAGAAUGCGCCGGACUUCAGCAACAUCCAGUCUGGAGUUGGGUUAUUCGCAUACGGCACAGAAUUCAGCGGUUUCGUCGGAAACCGCUAGCUUUCCUGGCGCCAUUUACGACAGGUGCAACAAAGUUGGAAAAUAUGCAGGUACAGAUAUCGCGAGUGAGACCAGCGGUGUAUACACACUGAGAAGCAGCGAGAUGCAAGACGAGAGAAUAGGAGACUUGUACUCGCCGACUGGAGACGCCAACGAAUCAUCGGCAGCGAGCGACGUGUGCGCUUUAAGUUCCGUGCAGUCGACGACCGACGAGGCAUCGGUGACGUCCGGCUUCUACACCAUCCACAGCGGCCUUAGAUCCGAAACGAGCGACGUGUACACGGAAGAUGUUAGCACGGAAGACCAAGAGCCCAUCUACAGCGUCUGUAAGGGCGACGACGACGUGGUGAACGUGGUGGCCGCGAUGACGGUAGUUUCGUUGGACCAACAACUGGACGAUCCUAGGUCGCGCAGCAACAGCAUUCUGAGCGCGGGAAGCUUCAGAGGCGACGGUAGCGAUCCUUCCAGCGUGGGACCACUGUUGUCGGCCGACGAGCUCUCGGAUCUGAUCGUCGGUCGUUAUCCACCCCGAAAGACUAUCAGUAAUUCCAUGGAUUCCGACUGCGAUUACGUUACCAUGCCCCCGCCGCCGCCGCCACCGCGGACGGACAGCGACAGGCAGCUACCUCCGCCGCCUCCUUACCCGGUGAGCAUGGAUUACGCGACGAUCAACUCGUCGCGAUCCAAGAUACCGGAUAUCGAUCGGGAACCGCCGCCCCCGCCGCCGUACAACGCGACACGCGGCGAGUUCGUGCCCCUGCCGCCGAGGAGGACCGAUCCACCACCGCCACCCCCUUACACGUCGCCCAGGGAAAGGAUACAGAUACCACCGCCGACGCCCCCGAGAAACGAUGCUGUGACGCCCAGGGAACCGCCGCCCCCGCCGCCUUACCCAGAAGUUUCCGAUGUCACUCGACAAGAGGCGAUCUCGACCCUCUAUCCGACCACGAGCGAGGAGAUCGUUUCGAGGGUCACGUCGACGAAGAUACAAACCAGCCUCGCGAACAGCAAGGCAAACAUCGGUUUGGUGUCGUCGAAGACCAUCGUCGGCCAGGUCCAGGUGAACGACGCGACUUCGAUCGCCCCGAAACCGCCGCCCAGGAUUCAACCGCCCACUUAUCCCGGUGACAAAAUGAAACCCACGCCAGUUCACGCACCCGUCGCGGCCCUCGUCGUGGGGCCGAACAAUUACUUGGACGUGCACGCAUCGCGAGGCGGCCCUGUUCUGUUGCCCUACUUAACGCCACCGCCGCCUCCGCCACCCCCACCUCCACCCAUGGUUCACCCCAGACAACCUCCACCGCCGCCACCCAGCCUGGCAACCGUUUACACGAGCCAGGUUGCCAGGUCGCAGAUCGAACAGUAUAAACAACAGCUCUAUUCCGACGUCGAUUACGUCAUGUUCCCGCUGAAGGAUCCCGCGGUGUCCAAGCAAGAGUACAUAGACGCGAAACAAGGCUCGCUUCUUGCAGCGAUGGCCGCCUAUCCCCCUCCGCCUUAUCCAUCCUUCAACAACAAAUCGUUGGUUAUGUACCGUAGCACGCCGUAUCUUCCCGGUUCCUCCUUCUCCUCGCCGUCUAAAUACGCCUCCAAUCAAAACCUCAGUAGCAGCGACACGAGCUCCAACAAUUACUUGCCGCAUAGUAAUCUGAGCAGCCACUACGCUGCCAGCACGAGCUCGCUGUACAGCGGGGUCACUUGUUCGUCGGCAGGAAGUCAGAGUCUCAGACGGGAACCACCCGCGCCCGCGCAUCCUCACACGCUUCACGCGUUCUCGAGGACCAGAAGCGACGAGAACAUUCUCAAGUGCUUUGACUCUCCCUCCAACAUGAAGCUACAGUCUUUGCCGCAACUUAAGCAUCGCAGACUUCCGCCGCCGCCUCCGCCGCCUCCCUACGAAAUACAGAAUCUCGAGAAGAAUCAACCGCUCCCGUCGGCUUCCUCGUCAUCUUCAUCGCCGAAGAAGACGUCCAAGUCGAGCGUAACGGAGGAGCACGAAGAAGGAAAGGAAGACGGUAUGUUGGACAUACGGACGCUUCGCGAGAAGAGCAGAAAUUUGGAUCUACCGUUGAUAUCAGCAUUGUGCAACGACCGGUAUCUGCUGAAGCAGACGAAAGCGUUCGUUAUGCCGAAGCAUCCCACCGAGGCGACGUGUUCGACGUCCACGAAGAACGGGACGAGGAACAACAACGGUGGUACAUCCAGUAGGAACAAGUAUCCGGUUAGCGGUCUGUCGACGACCCAGAUAACGAAACCUCCUAGGAAAUCCUCGACGAGUACCCACAAACAUCCCGCCGAGGUGAAGGGGAACGCUUACAAGAUCACGAAUUCGACGAGCGUGUCUCCUGCUAAAAAAGACACAACGAGAGCGUCGCAUUCGUAACACGGAUUUUGAAAAGUGGCGGCCAGCCCUUCAGAAAAUUAUGAAACGCUGUACCUCGACGAAAGUACAUUCCAAUAUGCAACUUGGCGAUUUCACGCCAAGUUCUGUCUUUGAAUAAUAGACAGUGGUUAUACACCAUGUAGUUUGACCGAAGAAAGAAUCGACUUUGGAGAAUUUUUCCUCCACUUUGCUGGCCGAAGAUUAACGACGGGAUCAAGCAUACGCGAGUAACGUAGAAACCGAUCAACAAAACAUUUAUUUAACAGUUAGUUAACUACUGUCCACGUGGAUAGACUCAUUCACGACUUUGUAUCCUUUAUUGUGAUGCCGUCUUGUACUUCUAUAGAGCUCGUACGUAUAUGGUGCCCUAAGAUAAGUGCUGUUUAAAAUAACCUCCAAUACUGAUUUUAUAAAAAUAAGAAAUUAUUUUCUAAUUUUCGGGUAGAGAAAAAAUUAUAUCUUGACUUUUUAAAGGUUACCCUAAGGUCAGUUCAAUGAUAUGUGACAUCAUAAUCUUCAAAGUGACACAGAGUUAUAAAGAAACAUUAUAACGAAUGUUUUGUUCGUAUAAAAAAGAGAAUUUUCGAGGGUGUUGUAAUUUGAAGUAUAAAAGAACGAACGUUAUAAAUAAAUUUCUAAAUAAAUAUAUUAUCGUGUUACAUAUUUUUGAAUUAUAUCCAACAAUAUGUCAGAAAUACGUAUAGAAGAUAGAAAAGGUAGUCUUGGAAUAAUCUCUGAAUUCUUAUUUCAAAUGGCACUUGGUAUAACCUAUGUAACGCAUCGGACAACGUUCCUGACCAUGAUAACGGAGUUAGAGUGGGGGAACUGCGAUUUCUAGCUUUGGGACCUUGAAUGCCAUAGAUGUACGAUAAUUUGUAAUUAAAAUUUCUAGAACAAUGAGCAAGAAACAUUUUAUGCACCAGAAGAGGAAUAUCGUUAAAUAUUUCUAACGCGAUGUUCGAUGUGUCUGGGGCAGAGAGUGACAAGCUCCAGUUUCAUAUAUCUCAACCUACCAAUCGUGACGAAUCUUUUCCUUCGACCCGGCUAUAAGUACUUAUACACCGUUUUUUCUUUUUCUUUUUCUUUUUUUUUCUUGAAGACCGUGCUUCUUCAACUCAGGGUGCCAUUUUAUCGUUUACAAUACUUCUGCUCAUCGCGAAUACUCCCAAAAGUCCGAUGAGAGUAGGUUAUGUUUCGCCUCGAACGACGAAUUACUACAACGUACGAAUCAUUCGUAAUAUUAAAUAAGGAGAACCUAAGGCGUCUAUUAUAUACUUUUCAUCUCAUUUCAUCAUUAUGAUCUCUCUGAUACUCCUAAAAAAAAUUAUACUCUUCCCCCCUGCGAAACGAAGCUUCUGCGUACAUAGAAUAAUAGAA